GAUUAUAUGGGAGAGAACUUUAAUUAUAACCCGUCGAAUUUACAAACUGGUGAUACAUCGGCAAAUAAUUUUGGUGGAGAGAUUAAGGUGAUCCUACAAGCGGAUAAUAAUAAAAUUUAUUCUCGGAAAGAUCGAAGAACAGUUUCGGAAGAUGGUUGGGAUGUAUUCCGACUUUUACCGUCAACAUCGGAAAAUUUGCGACGCGGUUUAUGGUACAAUACAAGUCUUCAAAUAAUCAAAGUAUCAAGUUUCCUCGUUCUUUUCUCUUUAACCACCAUCAGCAGCGUCCUCGCAAAGAGUUCAUUUUUAUUAAUGACAUCAGCAAUUGGAUGGAAAGACAAAAACGUCACAAUAUGUAAUGACAAAGUGCCAGAAAGUGAUACAAACACUGUUCACAUAACUAAUGGUCAUGUGGUGAAAUGGGUUUGGGCUGUUUUCUUGUCGCUAUGUGCACCGGAAGUUAUCUGUUUCAUCCAUUCAUUACACAGCAGCUUCUUUCGAAAUGUUAAAAGACCAACCGUUGCUCAAUUCUUUAUAUUUUUAACAGAAAGUUUGCAUGCUUCCGGAUUAGGAAUUCUCGUAUUUCACAUAUUUCCGGAUAUAGAUGUUGUCACAGGUAAUAAAGACUCCAAACAAGUUGAAUCGAAAAAAUUUUCAUUUAAAAAUUUUCGUUCUAUUCAUUUUCUAUUCAUUUUUCCCACUUUACUGAUUUUGGCAUUGGUAAUGAUUUCGAUAACAUGGUGGCAGAAUUUCACUCAUAUAAAUGCUGAACUUUCAUUUAUGAAAUGGAUUGCAAAAUUUGCGAUAUCACUAGGCGAAACGCGAUCUAAAACCUUUGUUUUCGUUUCCAUAUGGAAAUGCCUUAUAUAUUUCAUAAUUCUUUCAUUCUUCAUUUCAAAAAGAAUACCGUAUGAUGACCUAAUGCAGCAAGAUCCAUUCGGAGAAAAAAUUAUAACAAUCACUGCCAAGAAUCUAAAUCAAACACAAAUAAAUAGUUUCUAUAAUCGAAUGAGGAAGAUUGAGUUGUCCGGCAGCUACGCGACAGCGAAUUCUCGUACGACAAGUUCUCAGCUCAAAAAGUCCAUAAUUGAUGAAGAAUCAUUGAGCGCAUACAAUAUCUAUGGAGACUAUGUUGAACUGAAUCAAUUUACAAGUGCCUACGACUCACUGUGGAUUGUACUUCUCAAUAUGAUAGCUGUUUUUCUUUGUUAUCAUAGUUCGAAAUUUGCUUGCCAGGCGAUGAUCCAGCAAAUUGGUUUUACAUUUCCUAUGCUUCUGGCUGUACCACUAACAAUAAUAUUUCUUGCCACUACAUGUUUAAAACGGAGAUUAGAUUCUUGUCAUGCUACAUAUUUCCUCACAAAGGAAUUAUUCUGGAAAUGCAAUGAAGAAUUUUCCACUUCAUUCGAAUUUAUUACUUUGCCACAAACUUUACUUUGGUUCUCAACAUUUCUCUGUCAACUUUGGGUAACAAUUUAUCUUUGGAAACCACAAAAUGAACGACUUGCAACGAAUGAAAAAUUAUUUGUUCUUCCAUACUACGAGAGUUAUUUUAUUGAUCAAUCAUUGGCGCUAAAUCGACGAAGAGAUGAUAAAGUCAAGUUACAAGCUGAGAGUCUGAAUGGAGAUGAUUCUUACACUACUGAAGUCAAUGGUUCUGUGCAAGGACGAUACAAAUCACCUCCUUCGUUUUGCAGCAGUUCAUCAACUAAAAAUGAAAUUGGAUUAAUUAGAGCAUCAGCUGCAGAUGAUGUGAUCAAAAUAUAUGUUUGUGCGACAAUGUGGCACGAAAGCGCACUUGAGAUGAUGUUCAUGCUGAAAAGUAUUUUUAGGCUCGACGAGGACCAAUGUGCUAGGCAAAAUGCACAAAAAUAUCUAAAGGUCAUCGAUCCAGAUUAUUAUGAAUUCGAGGUCCAUGUAUGGUUUGAUGAUGCUUUUGAGAUAAAUCAGAAUAAUGAAGUAGUUGUCAAUAAAUUUGUGAAGCAAUUUUUAAGAAAAAUUAAUGAAGCGGCAAGUGCAGUUCAUCAAACCCAAAUGCGUUUAAAAACACCGAAAAAGAUAUCGACUCCAUACGGAGGACAAAUUAUUUACAUUUUGCCUGGAAAAAAUCGUAUGAUUAUUCAUCUCAAGAACAGCCAGAAAGUGCGAAAACGAAAAAGGUGGAGCCAGGUGAUGUACCUAUAUUACUUACUGGGAUAUCGAUUAAUGAUGAAAGUGGAAGACGAAGCGAGAAAGGAGCUUAUUUCAGAAAACACAUUUAUUCUAACUUUAGAUGGCGAUGUUGAUUUUUCACCACAAUGUGUGCACCUUCUCAUAGAUCUGAUGAAAAAAAAUCGGCGAUUGGGCGCUGCCUGUGGUCGAAUACAUCCACGUGGUUCUGGGUUCAUGAUUUGGUACCAAAAAUUCGAAUACGCUGUUGGGCAUUGGUUCCAAAAAGCGACUGAGCACAUGAUUGGAUGCGUUCUAUGUUCUCCUGGUUGCUUCUCAUUAUUUCGUUCUCUUGCACUUAUGGACGACAAUGUGACAAGGCGAUAUGCAAUGAAGUCGGAACAACCAAUGGAAUACAUACAAUACGAUCAAGGCGAAGAUCGAUGGUUAUGUACCCUGUUGCUUCAAAGAGGAUAUCGAGUUGAAUACUGUGCUGCUUCUGAUGCGCUAACUUUCGCUCCAGAAGAUUUCAAUGAAUUUUUCAACCAAAGACGCCGUUGGAUUCCGUCAACUUUGGCCAAUACGAUAGAUUUAUUAAUGGACUAUAAGAAUGUGAUAUCAGCCAAUGAAUCUAUUUCCAUAUGGUAUAUAAUUUAUCAAUGUGUCAUGUUGGCUUCGUCGAUUUUGGGUCCAGGGACAAUAUUUUUGAUGAUUGUUGGAGCUGUAUCAAUCUCUUUUAGCGUCAGUACAAGUGUGGCGCUAUUAACUGUCACGUUUCCCGUCGCAAUAUUUUGUUUAACAUAUAAUAAAUUUGGUAAUUUACAGUUAACUGUUGCACAAAUUAUUGCUACACUUUUUGCACUAUUAAUGAGUGCUGUUAUCGUUGGUACAUCGAUGCAAAUUCAAAAAGAUGGAAUAUUAUCGCCACAUUCAAUUUUUUUACUUGUUGUGAUAGCAAGUUUUAUAAUCGCUGCAUUACUACAUCCACUGGAAUUCACUUGUAUAAUACCUGGUGUACUAUUUAUAUUGGCUAUACCAUGCAUGUAUAUGCUUCUACCUAUUUACAGUAUUUGUAAUUUGAAUACAAUUUCUUGGGGAACGAGAGAGAUCGUCCUUGUCGAUAAUAAUCAGCCAUUAGAUCAGUAUGCAGCAGAAAAUCGGAACGAAAAGAUGUUCGACGAAGUUUGGAUGAAUGAAAUAAUGUUUCGACGAGCUGAACGAGAGAUUCUUGAACCUGAAGAGGAGAUGUUUUGGCGCGGUCUUGUUGCGAAAUAUCUUACUCCUCUCAAACUUAGCCAGAAAGAACAAGAACAAGUACAGCUUGGUCUCAACGAAUUGAGAAAUAAGGUUUCAUUCGGCUUUUUCAUGAUCAAUAUCGUUUUUAUUAUAAUUGUACUCCUAUUACAAAUGCAAAAAGAUUGCAUUCAUAUAGAAUGGCCUUUGGGCCCUAAAUUCAACCACACUAUAGUACCUUGUAAUAGUGAUACACGCAAAGAGGUUUGGGUAAUAACAAAAUUACAGCUCGAACCUAUUGGCCUCGUUUUCCUGGCAUUUUUCAUGUCGAUUUUGAUCAUACAGUUUUGUGCGAUGUUAAUGCAUCGAUUCGGUACAUUGGCACAUAUAAUCGCAUCAACUGAAUUCUCAUGCUGUAAAAAACAAGCCGACCGAUUGACUGAAGAUGAUCUUGUCGUACAAAACGCAGUGGAAAUCGCUCGAGAACUGCAAGCGAUACGCGGAAUCGACGAUUCAUUUACACCUGAAACUGAACGACCGAUAUCACAAAGACGCGUUGUUCAAAAUCUCGAAUUUAGUCGGCGAUCUUUAAUGGAACCGAGAACUGAAACUUUGGAUGACGCUUUCAAAAAGCGUUUCUUUGCGCUGUCAAAUGAGAAUUUCGGCGAAAUUCUGCGGAACGAUAGUCGAGAAAGGCGACUAACAUUAAGGAAUGAUACUAUUCGGGCAAUUACACAACGACGCGAUUCAAUUUUUGGUAGUUUUGUGAAUGGUCGAAAAAAUAUUGUUCGAGCUCCAGCUCAAAGAAGAUUAGAAAGGAUUUUUAGCAAUAAUCAAUUUGAUAUGAAUAUUUAA